AUGACAUUGGCCGGACGGAUGUCCGUUGGGGGCAGCCCGGGAGGCUCAACGAGCAAUGCGGAUGUGGUGUGGAGUCGCCCUGAUGCGGAUUCGCAGAACGAUUUCAAAAUUGUGAUUGACGGAGCUCUCAUGCGGUCCCGUCGUGCAUAUCGUCGCAGAGUCGCCCACUCACUGGGCUGGUCGAGUGUGCGUCACCUCCCACCGAACUGCACGCGUGUACUGACUGUCUCUUCCUUGCCUCUCCAUUGUGCCACUGCUUGCAAUGCAGUGGCGUUGUCGAUUCUUGUGGCAACUGCGUGCGCGGACAAGUAUGCCCCAGUGGUGCUGUCGUCGAAUCUGUUCGGCAGCAACGAGAUCCCCAAGAACAACACCAAGGUCGCCAGGGAUGCCGUGGGCGACAUGCAGGGCCGCGCCACGAUGCAGCUAACGAUCUACGGUGACGGCAAAGGCGCCUACACGUGGCUCACUUUCGUGGCUCGCGUGGCCCUCCUGCAAGGCGAAAUGCCUCCCACUAAGACGCACAUCCACGCAGGCGCCAAGGGCAUGAACGGCGACCUUCUGGUGAACCUGCCGUGUGUAUACAAGCAGUACAAGCAACGCAACUACUGGCGCUGUGCUGGUUCGUUGGGGAAGGCCGCCGGGGAAAGCACCCCAGAGCUACAGGCUGCCCUGAAGUCUAUUGUCGCGGCUCCUCGUAAGUUCUAUGGGAAUAUUCACACCAAGAAGUAUGCUGAUGGAGCUGUGCGUGGGCAACUGAAGAAGAAGGGAGCCUCUGCUUAG